AUGCAGACCAUCUUCUUCUUCGUGGCAUUGCUUGUUGUAACAGCCUGUUUAACUGAAGGUAGUAAGAAAGAACAUAACAAUAAGAACCGUGACGAUGGUCGUUCCAAAAAAUCGGGUCACCAACAGUUGGACAAUUUUGUGGACGACAUUAAAGUGAAAAAUUAUGGUGGCGUCUUGGAUGGCGGAAAUCAUGUCAAGUCAAAUAACAGACAAAUGCCUUAUGAUAGGGAGAACAGCAGAAUGAAGCAGCAUAAGAAGGGAAAGUAUGCCCAUAAAGAAGGACAUAAAGAUCACAUGACUUGGUUGCACAUCAACAAAGAAUCUGAAUGUGGCAUCCAGUGCAAAUCUGGAGAAGUUUGUAUCACAGGACCGAUUGAUAGCAAACCUUUUUGUGUUCUCAAGAAGGAUUUAAAGAAGAGCAUGAAGAUGUUCCAUCGCUUCCAGAAGAAAGAGAUGAAGGCAUGGAAGCAGUUCCAGAAGGAGCACCACAACAGUGGCAGCAUUCAUGAUGAUUACAAUGGCAUUUCCAAGAAAAGCAAGACAGGCAUGGUGGAAGUGAAGAAGCAUCACUUUGAAGCACAGAAUGUACAUCACCAGAAGGACACAGUUAAGGCAAAGACUGAAUUACAGCCAUCUGCUCAUGCGGAAGAAUGCAGCACAAGUCAGUUUUCACAAAUGAGGACCCGUCUGAUGGGCUGGUUCCAUCUGCUGCAUGGUCAGGACCACCUUGCCAGGAAGGCACAUGAUGGCAACAUCAAGCACUUCUACAAGCAUGUGUCAGUGAAGAAGGAACUCAGAGAGCAUCAAGGAAACACAUGCGAGUGCCUCAAAUCUGCCAUGUGGCAGUUCCUUCAAAUGGACAAGAAUGGGGAUGAUUAUUUGAACGACGAGGAGAUGUCUGUUCUCAAGGAGAAUGCCCUAGAGCCCUGCAUGCAGCCUUACCUGACUUCCUGCGAUCAAGAUGCUGAUGGGAAAUUCUCUAGCAAUGAAUGGUGCUGCUGUUUUUCUAAUGUUGUGGCACCAUGUUUCAAGAAGGUUGAUGAAGUCAGAAGGUCAGCACAACCAGCUUCUUACAUGCCCCGCUGUGACAAAGAGGGCUACUACAUGCGUGAGCAGUGCAGUGGUGAGACUGAGAAGAACUUCAAAUGCUGGUGUGUCGACUACAAUGGGAAUAUGCACAAGGGGACUGAAACUAAUGGUCGUGCUCAUUGCAGUAAAAAUUAUUUACAGUUUUACCCUGAUGAAAAAUUGGUGCUGAAUUCUUGUGUCCUUGAAGAUUUAGUGGAAUUAUAA